ACAAAGCGGCAGGCCGCGCUGCGGCCGCUGCUUGCUAGCCCCUUUCCUCUGAGACCCUUGUCCCUCAGACACUCAGAGCCAUGGCCCUGCCGCUGCUGCCUGGCUACGGCUUCAACCGCAACGUGGGAAAGGAUAAGUUCCACAGAAUGCUGGUGGCUGAAGGUAAACCUGGAAUAGGUGAACUGCCUCUCAGGGAAAGGUCGAAGCCUAAAUACAGUGUGUUUCCUAAAGAAAUGGGAAGUGGAGUACCAUCCUGGGUAGCUUUUGAUAAGCAGGUACUAUCUUUUGAUGCCUAUGUAGAAGAUGAAGUACCUGAUAAGAGGCAAGAAAACUAUAGAAUAAGAUACCAUAAAAUUUUGUUCUACCCUGAAGAUGACACAAUUCAAGUAUAUGAGCCACCAGUGAAAAAUAGUGGACUGCCUCAAGGGACUGUUAUUCGGCGACAUCGGAUUCCUCUGCCACCUCCUGAUGAUGAUCAGUUUUAUACUGUGUAUUCUUUCAAUAUCAGCAUAGACAUUGUCUUUUAUGGCCGGACAUUCAAGAUUUAUGACUGUGAUGCAUUCACAAAAAACUUUUUGAAGAACAUAGGCGUCAAAUUAAACCCCCCAAGCCAGUGUCCAGAAGAUCCUUAUAUGAACACUCGGAGAGAGGUACUAGAACGCAUGCAGCCCUUACGGCCCUAUGAAUCCUUUGACACCCUGAAACAGUUCCUCGAGUAUGAUAGGAAGGUUUUGCGUUUCUUCUGCCUGUGGGAUGACUCGUCAUUGUUUGGGGACUGCAGAGAACUCAUCUUGAACUACUUUCUGAGUGAUGAUACCAUCGAAAUCAAAGAAUUGCUGCCACGCAACUCAGGUCGGACUUCUGUGUCAUGGUUCCUCCGGAGGGGAAAGGUGCCCAAGUAUGGCCCACCUGGAAUCUAUCAACCAGGCGAGGUAACAGAUCGAAUAGUUCUCAAUGUGUAUACUGGGUUUACACUGAGCCCAGUAUGUGGCUACCUGUUGGAUAAAUACAAGCUAGGAAAAUUAGAACAAGAGUUUUACAAGGAUAGUGACCUGUCUGUGGGAACCACCAUCAAUGUGUGGGGAAGGAAAGUGCUCCUUUGUGACUGUGAUGAAUUUACAAAGACUUAUUAUAAGACUAAAUAUGGAAUUGACAACUUUACCUCAGUUCCAUGCAAGGCUCCAUCUCCUCCAAAAAUAGAAGGGAAUUUUCCACGUUACACUGGCUUUACUUCUGAAGUGGAAUCUGUUCGCCCUUCCCUAGGCGUUGUGCCCAUACCUCGUCCUAAUGUGGAAGAAUUCUGGAAGUUAAUGGAAAACGACAGCUAUGGCUACAUGAGCAAUAUACUCCGAUUCUUUGCAAAACUGAUUACAGACAAAUGUGCCGAUGAGGACAGGCUGUUUGUUAUUUCAUAUGUUCUCAGCAAUAACACAAUUUCAGUGUUUGAACCCAUAGAGAGGAAUUCAGGAUAUACUGGUGGAUUGUUCUUGAAAAAAAUGCGUAUUAAGAGGCCUAGACAAGAAGUCAUUAAAAGUGGACUCUCAGAAUAUAUCCAGCCUGAGGAGCUGUAUAUUGGAGCCAAAGUGAAUUUGAAUGGCUACAUAUUUAUUUUGCUCAAUGCUGAUGAAUAUACCUUAAAAUUCAUGGAGGAGAAUUCCGAUAGGUAUCCUUUUAGCAACCUUGAACUUGCCCUACAAAAGUUGAAAGAUGAAAAAUCAAAAUCCACAGAGAUCAAGCAGAUAUUUAGGGCUGCUGACUAUAACUUGACAAAGACAGUGGAUUAUAAUACAUUCAGAGAAAUACUGAUGAAUAUAACUCUUGGAAAACUCACAGACCAAGAACUUAUAACUAUUGUACGUCACUAUGGGGUACCUGAGGAACCAUGUACAGAUGUGAAUAUCUUAAUUGGAGUGGCACAUGAACACUUCAAGAGAACCCUGUUUGAGAAUUUUGAUAGACUUAUUUCUUGUUGUGUAUAUGAAGAUCGAGAACAAAAAAAAGUAUUACCCAGGAAAGACAUCAAAAGGCUGUGCAAGUCCUCUAGCUUACCUUUGAGUGAUGAUCUUCUAGAAGCUUUAUUGUGCAAGUUUGAAGACAGUGAAAAACAAAUCGAUUAUGUGUCAUUUUUUUCUGCCCUGAACUGGAGAACAAAUCGGUUGCCUGACUUAAUAAAAGUAUCACCCUUGAAAGAGAGAUGUGAAGAUGUGUGGAUUGGUAUGCCAUCACCUAUUCCUUCAAAAUACAUUAACUAUUUAAAAUUUUUAAAGGACGUGUAUGGCUUACAGGUAGAGUAACCAUGCCAAUUUUGCUCAACUUUCUUCGGCUUCCUGUUCUAAUUUUGCCAAGUUUAUUUUAGUGCAUGUAAUCUCAUUAAAAACAAAAAGGAAUCAAGGUUUAUGUUGAAUUUAAAUCCAUAGACUAUAAUUAAUCUCUCUUUGUCAUUUUAAUGUUUUUCAGAACAUCAUAUUAUAUUGUGAUGUACCAGUACUAUUAAAAAUGUCAUUUAGCCCUCGCUGGUGUGGCUCAGGGGAUUGAGUGCCAGGCUGUGAACCAAAGGGUCACUGGUUUGAUUCCCAAUCAGAGCACAGGCCUGGGUUGCAGGCCAGGCCCCCAGUACAGGGUGUGCAAGAGGGAACCACACAUUAAUGUUUCUCUCCCUCUCUUUCUCCUUUCUUUCCCUUCUGUCUAAAAAUAAAAUAAAAUCCUUUUAAAAAAGUUUAAAAAGUCAUUUAAGGCAACAUCAAACAUUUUAAUUAUAUUUAUGAUUUAUUAAUACCAAACAAUCUUAUGGUAAUUUUCAAAACAACAUAAUUUGUUUUAGUACAACACAUAAAGAAAGUGACUUUUGACAGCUACACAUGACAACAUAAAAUCAAAGUAUAUUAGAGCAAUAAGUUGUGAUUCUAUUAAGUAUUUUUUUAAAUCUUUUUAACACAUUUGUUACCUGUAUAAUUAAACUUUGUAACCACCCAUCAUAUCAAAAUACCCCUUUAACUGCUACAGUGAAGGUAUUUAUUUUCUGAAAUUAGCAAAGCUGUGAGAAGAAAAGGAUUGCCCCCUCCCUACAACACACUUAUGGGUAUGUACAGACUUGGGAGAGAAAUUGAAACAUGCACUAUUUAUAUUUUAAUGCCCUUCUUAUAUCUAAAGUUAGCUUAUUAACUUAGGAAUA